AUGGAGGUCAAUGAUGUUGCCAGUAAGUUAUCUUCCUCAUCCUUGAAUGGUUUUGGAGUCACUGACAAUUUGGCAGGAAAAGACACACCUGGACCUGCGAAGAAAGCCGAAGUUGGAGUUCUGGUCAAGCAAACUGUCAAGAUGAAAGAAUUGACAUUUCAUCCAUUUCCAAAGCUAGCUCGCGAAAUCCGUGAUAUGAUUUGAGACUACGGCAUUGAUCUUACCACUUCACCACGAUUGUUCAUAUGGACGCCAAGCACCCCAGUUUUCCACUUCUCACUCAUGUCUGCCGUGAAGCAGGAGCAGCUUGCUUGAAGAGAUACUCGGCUUUCAGAGAUGCCUGGACGGUGUCGGUGCUCAAGGAAGUGGGAAAGGAACCGACAACUCAGAAUGCAAAGCACUACUUCGGAGCAUGCCAAUACAUUACAUUACAUGGAUCGAUUUCGACAGGGUAUAUUGUUCAUGCAUGAAGACAUAUUCCAAAUGUGUAGUGCCAGCCAUGAAAGUGAAAGCUUCCGACAGCUUAUUCGAAAGCUUUACAAAGUAUCAGCUGACAUUCGUUAAGAACCUCGUUAGUAUAUCCUUUAGAGCACAUUUGGGAUUUCGCUAUGAUGCCAAGCACCGGUACUAACUCAGCAUAAUGGUCUAGGCCAUGGACAUAUUUAUUGCCGAAGGUUUAG